GUAAGUAAUAAUGUAAUAAAAAUACGCCAUCUCAUUACGAUCACAGUAUGGUAGUCCCUGGACGGAGCAGGGUACCUUAGGUAAAAUCAGCAUUCUGAGGAGCCCACCUGAAAUUUCGCUGGUAAAAAGCGAGUGACGCAACCGAGUGAGGACGUCUCUACGUACUUCUCGAGUCUCCUCACAUCGCGAGUCGACUGCCGGCAGCCGAUGUGAUAGGGACGAAUGUGACCUGCGGUUUCUUUCGACGAGAACACUCCUGAGUAUGAUCAAGAUGAAGGCAUUUAUCUCAGCAAUUGUGUCGGGACUGUUAUUCAGCUUCUGGGGUCAGUUUUCCGAGGCCUCCAGACAGAAGCGGUACCUUUUUAUCAACCCAGAGGCUCCCAUCACUCUAGGUUUCUUGCUCAACAUGCCCGUAUCGCUGGCACUCCCGACACUGGCCCCGGUGAAUGGAAGGUCCUUCAACUCCCAAAGCAGCAGCAACAGCAACAGCUAUUCGGACGCGGAGUACGACGAAGAGGUUCCGCAGUCACUCUACUGGGACCCAGCCUACGAGCAGCAGUUGGAGAAGCUUUCCGUCUACUUCUCGCACCUGGAGCUCCAUUACGUGGGGUGCCAAGAAAGGCUACUGUGUGAAUUGGCAUCGGAGCCAGAGAUCUAUUCGCCUAUUGGAGAAAUUUUCAUGAAGGAACUCAGGCAAAUGCACGGACCAGUGAAGCCUUCCAGAGACUCCCUGAUGUGGCGUUACAUGUUGGCAGCGAGAGAGGGAUUCACAAAUCCAAUCGAAGACUGUGAGAAGGCCUACCCGAAAUGCCCUAUACCUGCCAGCAAGAUUCUGAACAUGCCUGUGCUCAAAGUGUGGCAGUACAUAGCAUCCAAACUCAAUCUACAAUUGGUUUAAGACGGGAUAUACACAAAUUUCGGCAGGUUAAGGAUACGUAUAUCAAUUUAAGUGCUACAUAGAGAAACCUUACAAGAAUGUUCGUAAAAUGCUGUUUCAUCAAAGCAUAAGCAUACACCAGGACAGCACACAAGUCAAGGCAAAUUACUCUUCUAGAACUGGUUUGUGAACAAUACUGGAACUUCUUCAAACCGUAAAUGAGUUUGGGAAGUUUAACAAGAUGUUAAAUGUGUUAAGGUACAAGCAAUUUAGUUUUUAUUGUCGAAACACAUUGAAAAACUUAUAAUAAAUACUUUAAAUCAAUCUAAGUAACCUACAGAGCAGCUUUUAGGAACAAAAUGUCUUGGUCAAAAACCUGUAUCUCAGAGUAAUUAAUCAAACUGAAAAUCCUGGCUAAACUUUACAAACCUUUAUCAGAAAUAGUCUCACUAGGGAGUUACUCUAUACUAUUUCCUGAUGAUACAUUUAUGGAGUUUUUUUUUUUUUUAAGGAAAAAGAUAAGAAUAAUCAAGACUAAACCAGGAGCCAAUAAGUGCCAAAAUAAUUAAGCACCAACACUACUUCACUCGAUGGAAAACUAUUCCUUUUCACAAUAGGUGGAAAAAAAAUUUUCCUCUCAUAUUGAGCUACUUAUUACUACAAAAGUUAGAUAACUUGCAGUUUGGGGGCAUUAUAAUCUGUGAUGAUCUAAUUUAAUGUAAAUUGAUAAUUUUUUUUUUGCUUACCUUCCUCUGAUUUUACCUCAUAGCUACCUUUUUUAUUUAGAUUUUCUAAUGUCAUUUAACCAUUUUGGUAUUGUAUUAAAGAGUAUAUCCUAAAAACCUGUUUCGAGACUAGAACAACCAGAUCAGUUUCAUAUUAUAGUAGAUCCACAUCACCCGUGCAUCUGAUGUCUAGGCCAGUCCCUUACGACGCUCCUGAUUGGCUGUUGAAAAGCCAAUCUCUGUCUCUCUCGAGAGUUCACAUAGACAGGGUGUAUGUUCCACCUCUCCUGAGGGAUACUUUUCAAGGCGUACCCCUAAGGAGAGGUGCCUAUGUGGAGCCUCUCGAGAGACUGAGUUUCCAGCACUGUGGUUGGCUUAUCAACAGCCAAUCAGGAGUAUCGUAAGGGACUGGCCUAGACAUCAGAUGCACGGGUGAUGUGAAUCUACUAUAGCUCUAAUUAUAAACUAACUUUAGCCUAUUAGCUUUGGGAAUUCUCAAAAACAGUUCGUUUCGUUCGAUGUACAAAAUUUCAAAUAUCUUUAAUGAAUCCAAAUUAAUCCUUACUUUAAGUGGAGAUUUAAGGACACAGCGACUCGACACAAGUCUCUCACUUAAGAGUUAUCAACGAAACGAAGAAUUGGCCUAAAUUCUAGUGCAACUGAAUGGCUAUUCCCAAGCAAUACCAAAACACACCAUUCUACCUUCUAACUUUCUUUGAAACUCAUUCCUCUCUAGGCUACAUCUUCUUCACCAGAUGGACUUGAUGGUACUUGAAUUACACUAAGGGAUUUCUGUAUUUUCUAUGAUUAGGUUACGCAGGGAAUAAUCAAAUCAGGAAGUCCAGGAGCCAUGCUUUUCGAUAACUUGAUCUGUAUUUGAUCGACUCAUUUGAAAGCUCAGGUUUGUUUGAGAAUGCUGAUACUGGUAUUCCCUCUUCGGCCAAAAUCUAAAAACUUUAAAAAUAUUUAAAUAUUCGAGAAGAACAUAGUACAGUACUGACAAACUAUCUGAAAAGAAUGGCACCUGGUAGUGAUAAGACGCAACACAUUCAAACGCCGACGAAAACCAAGAUGGUAUAUUACUUUGUAAACAGUCAUUUCCGCAAAUACUCAUUGCAUCAUCAAGCUACUAAUUGUAAAACCAUUAGCAAACCAUUAUCAUCCAUCAUUUAUAAUAAAGAAUUAGAAAUUUA